AUGGGAUUUAUAGCAAAUAUACUGUGCUGUUCUUCAGAUACUUCCAAAACACAUCGUCAACGCCAACCACCAGAAACUAAUCACAACCGCAACCGCAACCGUAAGCACAGUUCAAACAAAGCUCAAACUCAGGGUCGUAAGCAGAAGGCUACUCCAAACGGCGACAAGAUGCAAUAUUCCACACCGGAGAUCCUUUUGUCUAGUUCCGAUUCAGGCAGCAAUGCGGGUUCCAAGACAAUGCAGGAGAAUGGGAAUAGCGGCAAUGGAAAACUAGCACCUUUAUCAAGAGAUCACUCCAACAACUCGUACGAUGAGGAGAAAGAAUAUGAAGAUUAUAAUGAAGGAGACGUAGAAAUGACGGAGGUUAACAAUGCCGGAGAAGAAGAAGAAGAAGAUGACGAAGCAAAAGAAAAGCAAGACCAUGUCGUUCAUGAAUAUAACGUUGACGCAGAUAGAAAUUCCAGUAUUAAUGACGAGGCGCCACCACAACAGGGUCUGUAUCAGGUGGGUCAAGAAGAUAUGAAUCCACAAUAUGUCGCCAGCAGUCCUGAUAAUGAUUUAAACUUGAUACCUACAACGGAGGAGGACUUCUCUGACCUGACGCAUUUGCAACCAGACCAGUACCAUGCCCCCGGAUACGACACUCUGCUACCACCCAAGUUGCAAGAAUUUCAACAGAAAAAAUGUCUGAUAUUGGAUCUAGACGAAACUUUGGUACAUUCUUCCUUUAAAUAUAUGCAUUCAGCUGAUUUCGUUUUGCCCGUCGAAAUCGAUGAUCAAGUUCACAAUGUCUAUGUUAUUAAGAGGCCAGGCGUCGAUGAGUUCUUGAACAGGGUGAGUCAACUAUACGAAGUUGUUGUGUUCACGGCAAGUGUUUCGAGGUAUGCAAACCCCCUUUUAGAUACGUUGGACCCUAAUGGAACCAUCCAUCAUCGAUUAUUCAGAGAAGCUUGUUAUAACUACGAAGGUAACUACAUCAAGAACUUAUCGCAGAUCGGAAGACCAUUGUCCGAAACAAUCAUCUUAGAUAAUUCGCCGGCCUCUUACAUCUUUCAUCCGCAACAUGCUGUUCCGAUAUCUUCUUGGUUCUCUGAUACUCAUGAUAAUGAGUUACUAGAUAUUAUCCCACUUUUGGAGGACCUUUCAUCAGGAAACGUGUUGGAUGUGGGGAGCGUGUUGGAUGUGACGAUAUAG